AAUGAAAGUGGCAUGCAUAAUAGCACGCAAAAUGGUACAGCAAUUCUUUAAUAGUUUGGUCGAUCAAUCUUGGUUUUCUCCAUGGUUGUACGAAGGUCUUGCUACGUUUCUGGGAAUGCAAAUUCUUAAUGAGAUUAUGCCAAAUUACUACAUAAUGGAAUUAUUUGUAAUUCAAUUUCAACAUGAGUCUCUCCGUUUGAACGAUUAUUAUGACAUGCCUUUUGUAUCAAACACUGAUAAACCUUCUGACAUUAAUUCACUUUUUGUUUUUAUUCGUAACAUUAAAGCACCCGUUUUUAUACACAUAUUAACACAAAUAUUGCCAGCAAAUGUGUUUACGAAUGGUUUAAAUGAUUAUUUUGCAAAUUUACGCAAGUUCAGUUUCUUCAAUAGCUUAAAUAAUGUGGAUGAUACCGAGAUGUUCUUUAGUGUUAUACAAAAAAUAUUAGAUGAUGUAGAUUCAACUUUUGACUUUAAGACAAGGUUUAGUGGUUGGAUAACACAAGAACGCUAUCCUCUGCUAAAUGUGACACGAGAGCUUUCUAGAAACAUGGUCGAAAUAAAAUUAUCACAAAAAUGUCUGAAUAUAUCACUAAAAAACUUGUGGAUACCUGUAUUUUAUAUUAUAUUGGAUGCUCCAAAUCACGUAACUCCAUUAUCUAAAUAUUGGCUAACUACAAAUAAACCAGUUUUACGUAUUGCUGAUGUUAAUAGAAAUAGUUGGAUUAUUGUCAACGUGCAACAAUCUGGAUACUAUCGAGUUUAUUAUGAUAAUCAUAAUUGGGAAAACGUUUUGAAAUGUUUACAUUCUAAGCAUGAUUUAAUACCUGAUCUUAAUCGUGCUCAGCUCAUCAAUGAUGCUUAUUAUUUCUUAGUAAGAGGCGAACUUGAUUUCGCCAUCUUCAAAAAUCUCACAUCCUAUCUGUCACAUGAAAUACUUUAUAUAUCGUGGUAUCCUAUGUUUAAAAUUAUGGAAGAAAUAUCGGCUUUCUUCCCAUUUUCGCAAAGUCGUAAUAUCAAGAAACAUUUUAAAUUAAUUUUUGAGAAUGUUUUGGAAAAGAAAUUAAAUUACGAAGUAUUAACAUUGGACAAUGUUCUUACUAAAUCUUUAAGACAAGAAGCCACGAGAUGGACUUGCAUUCUAAACUCUUCUAAGUGUAUGGACUUUGCUACUUUAACAUUAUCAGGACAUCUCAAUAAAGCUGAACCACAUAGUCUGCUCCCAUGGUUAGGCAAAGAAUGGACAUACUGUAGUGGAUUGAUGAUGGCAAAUGAUACUGUUUGGAACGAUGUGUUUAACACAAGAAAAACUGACAAAAAGAUUUUAGAAUUUUUAGCAUGUACUAAGAAUCAUACUAUUAUCUUCGGCUAUAUUGAUAGAUUGAAAUCAGGAUAUUUCACUGAAAUACGAGAUUAUAUUACAAUUUUUCAUUCUAUUAUUGCAAAACAUGCAAAAGAUAACUUAGUACUAGACUAUAUAUUAGAAAAGUUUAUAUAUUUUAGAAAAUUUAUCUUAUAUCCCAGCGAUAAUAAUUUAAUAGUAGCAUUAACAGACAUUAUCAAUCACGUUUAUUCUACAGAGCAACUUAAUAAGGUGAGCGAUUUUGCGAAAAAGAUUAUCAUUCCUGAAAUAAUGACGCAUAUUCAUCGGAAGAUAGAAACACGAAUGUCCGAAAUCGAAAAACACAUUAAUUAUUUCGAGAACUUUUUAAAAACAGAAUAACUUUAAAUAACGUUAU